CGUACCCUUCUGUCUUUGUGGUGUGUGGUUACAUGAACAUCCAAUUCAUGAGUAUGAGACUUAUACCCUUUUCAUGCGUCCAUCUCCAUAUUCCAUCCAAUAGCUAGACAGUGUUGUUCACUCCAGAAUGGUUUUCAAUGUUCUGACAAAGGUUGCAUGAAAUGUGUGUAUGUACUGUAUGGAAAUCAUACUGAUACUGAAUCAUAUUUAAACAAUCUGAUCAUUAUGUAUGAAAAUGAGUUUCAUACCAGUUUGAUGGUGUAAUAAACAGUUUGCCUUGAUCUUAUCGUAGAAGUGGCCCUGACUACAGAUCUAGGAUCAGAUCACCCAACCCCAAUUCUAAACCACAAUCAUUAUUAUUCUUAAACAAUAUCUGACCCUAGGUCAGUGGUUAGGGCCAACUUCUACCAACUCAUUGCAACUCAUAGAACCACUAAUCAAUCUUCUGUCCACUCAUCAGUCGAGGUUGAAGUCCCAGCAGAGGAAGGUAAAGCGUCCCAUGUGCUGUGAACUGCAUGGAAACAGAUCUAUAAAUGAUAGUAUUAUCAAGAUGUGCAUAUUGUACAGCUAGAGAUUCAGUUUUCUUCAGGGUUGAAAUACUCUAUAUUCCUAGGUCAUACAUACUAGUUUCAUAAAAUGCAUUGUAAGAUUUUGGCUCUAGUCACUGGUACCUUAAUUUCAGAUGGUGUACAGUAUUCCUACAGUUAGUGCUGCAUGAAUGAUUUUGGCUGUAUUAAUGAUGAGCAAAACAAUGUGCUUUAUUCAUACAUAUUUCUGAUGUCCUUACAAUAGAGGCUGCUCCUGCAGAGGAAGGUCAUGAUUUUCAAUGUUUUAUAUGUAGAGAUUCUGCAUGCUAAUACUAAUAUACAAAAUACUACAUUUUACAUUUAGAAACAUUUAGAAAAAUGUUUUGGUAUGUGCACGCAUGGUGGUUUUGUAGUCAAUCAAGUCGAGAGCAGUUGUCUAGCGGAUAUACAUAAUAUCUCUCCUCACGGAGCUGCAAAAUAAUAUUUGCUUCCUAAUCAGAGCACAGACUGUAUUUCUCUCUGCCUUAUUUUCUCUGCCUUAGCAUAACAGUGGCUGACACUAAACAAUCGUAUGCCUUUAGCUGUAACAGAACCUGCCCCAGAACCUGUAGAAGAACCAGAACCAGAGCCAGAGCCAGAACCAGAAGUAGAAGAGCCGCCCCCCGCAGUAGUAGAAGAAACGCCCGCAGAAGAAGCCGGUGGAGAGACUCAAGAUUCCAAAGCCAAACCAAAAAGUUUUAUGCCAAAUGUUGCCCCUCCAAAGCUACCAGAGGGAGAUGGUAAAGUCGAUUUUGACGACCUGCACAGGAAGCGUCAAGAGAAGGACAUGGCUGAGCUGACCUCUCUGAUUGAGUCUCACUUUGUCCAGAGGAAGAAAGAUGAAGAUGAGCUCAUCAGUCUCGUCAACAGGAUCGAGAAGCGUCGUACCGAGAGGGCAGAGCAGCAGAGGAUUCGCGCUGAGCAAGAGAAAGAGAGGCAGGCCCGUCUAGCCGAAGAGAAAGAGAGGAGGGAGCAAGAUGAACAGCGCAGGAAGCACGAUGAUGACGCCAAGAAGAAGAAGGCCCUGACUACCAUGACUCACACGUACGGUGGCAUCCAACAGAAGCAAGAAGGCAAGAAGGGAGCCAAGAAGCAGACUGAGAGAGAAAAGAAGAAGAAGAUUCUGGCUGACAGAAGGAAGGCUCUGAUCAUCGACCAUCUCAACGAGGACAAACUCAAGGAGAAGGCCAAUGAGAUGUGGCAGUGGAUGAUGGAGUUGGAGGCGGAGAAGUUCGACCUCAGCGAGAAACUGAAGAAGCAGAAAUACGACAUCAAUCAGCUUCUGGCCCGUGUCCAGGACCACCAGAGUGCCAAGGGCAGAGGCAAGGCCAAGGCGGUCCGGAGGUAAUGAGACCUGGCAGGAUGAAGUCUCCAGGACUGAGACGCCAGACGAUGACGGGGGAUUGUUUUGUUGUUCUCCUUGUUAUCAGCGCACAUGCAAAUUACUAUGGAAAUGUGCUGUUGUCACGGUCACUGUUUGCUGUGGAUGAGGCUAGAAACAAUAAAAAUAUGUUUGCUUUUGA